AUGUGCUGGGCGGUGACUGGGAGCUCGACGGAACUCAUUGCGCGUACCAAGAGCGACCUCAAGACGCGCUUCGAGAUGACCGACAGUGGAAAGUGUGCUUUUGUGCUGGGCAUAGAACUGGUCGAAAACGCUGACAAUAGCGUGACGAUAUGCCAGCGACGCUAUGUGGAUGACAUUCUGAAGCGCUUUGGGAUGGAAGACUGCAAGGUUGCAAUAAGUCCAGCUGAUGUGAGCACUCGACUGAAUCGAAGCGAUGCAUUGACCAAAGAACCACGUCACAUGGAAUUUGUUUCAAGCCUGGUGAAGAAGUUGAUUUUCGUGGAUACUCCGAUGCGUACUGGGCUGGAGACCAUUCCGAACGCAAGUCAACUUCGGGAUAUGCGUUUCUCGUCAAACAAGUCGGCACCUGGACUGAAGAUUCUCGAAGACAACCAGUCCUGCAUCAAGAUGACGAAGAAUCCCGUCAACCAUGGUCGUGCAAAACACAUCGACAUCAAGUACCAUCACAUCCGUGAUGAAUUCAAGCGUGGUGAAGUGGAGAUUGAGCAUUGUGAUACUUCCAUCAUGCUCGCGGAUAUCUUGACGAAGGCAAUUCCGGGACCUCGUCACAAGGACUUAACGGCUGCACUCGGUAUUCAUGCGAGUUUGCAUUGA